AUGGAUGGUCGUAAUUAUGUAGUGGCUACUCCCGAGAAAGGAAUGGAGGUGCUGAGCGCUUUAUCUGUUACAAAUCAAACUACACCAGAAAAGUUGACUAGCCGGACACCACCAACACCACAGCCGCCACAGAGGAAGAUGAGGAGGAUGGAC